UGAAGCAAGAAGAAAACUAUUGAGCUCUCUCGAGUGUGAAGGGCCUGGGUUCUAACUUGCAUGCUUGAAGGGCCUAAACAAGACCGCCAUUUCGAACAAUCUAGAAGCAUUUUUAAAGCUGGAAAAAUAUCAGAAUCACUGAAGAAAAUGGAAAGAAGGCCACCACCAGCUCCUGCCAGGCCUCUUUUACCAAGACCACCAUUUCCAAGAGAUCUUCCCUUUGAUGGAGGGAUCCCUCCAAGAGGUCCUGAAUUCAGACCAGGUUUCCCACCAGAGUUUGAUGGAGCACAUCAUCCACAGCUGCAUGGUGAUGGUAUGAACCCACCAUUUAGAGAACCAUUCAUACCAAACAGAAUGCCAAAUUUUCAGCGUCCACCCUUUGACCCCAUGGUUGUUGGCCAGCCACCUUUCAAUCAGCCCCCAGCAGCGAUAGCCCCUCCUACACAGAAUGUCACCGUUCCAGCACCACCAAUAAUAGACAAAGAUGGAAACAUGUGGCUAGAAGCCAGGUCUGCUGAAGGUAAAGUCUACUACUUUAACGCAAGAACAAGGGAGACUAGGUGGGAAAAACCUGAACUGCCACAGAAAGAAGGAGUGAUAUCUUCAUCUGACCAGCAAAAUGUUGAGCAAGAUAAAAAUGAACACAACAAGAUGAUUGAGGAAGAUUCUUCUGCAUCUUCAAAGAUUCACCCAGAUAGAGAGAUAAUGAUUUCAAAUGAAGAAACUAGCAACAAAAGUGCAAAUGAGAUGGACACAGAAAAUGGUAAAAAAGACAAUCAACAAGAAAAUGAAACAAAAGCUGAUGCAAUCAAAAGCACACUUCCAGUUCUACCAAACUUUCCUCCACCUAUGAUGGUACCACCAAACAACAAUCCAAUUUUCACGCCCCCAGGCUUACACCCACCUGGAUUUCCACCCCCACUAGGCAAUUCUGGACCACCAGGCUUUAUGCCAAACCAGCCUGUUCCAGGUAUGCCGAUGCCUCCUGUGCCGUUGCCAAACUUUCCAGGCUUUCCAAUGCCCCCUGGAAUGAGGCCACAAAAGCCCCCAAGUGACUGGACGGAACACCGACUGCCCGAUGGGAAAAUCUAUUACUACAAUUCCAAAACUCUGGAAUCAACUUGGGAAAAACCAAAGGAGCUCAUACAUGACGCAGGCCCACAGCAAGGUGAAAAAGUCAAAGUGGAGAAUAGAAAUGCUAUGGAUGAAGAUAUUGACGGAGUAAGAAUGGCCACUGAACCAGAGAGUAGAAGUAAAGAAGGCAUAAAUAAGGAGAAGCCAGGGUUUAAACCAAUUCAGAAUGCGAUGGAGCACAGUUUUAAGACAGAAGACAACAAGGAAAAAGGCGAAACUGGAAAACCGGUUGCUAGUGCGGUUGUGCCGGGUACAGGGUGGCACGUUGUUUGGACAGAAAACUCGCGGCACUUCUUUUUUAACCCAACUUCAAAAACAUCGAUUUGGGAAAAACCGGUUGAGCUUGAAAGCGAUCCGAGAAUUGACGAGAUUAUAAAAGCAGGACCCGAUGGAAGGAAAGAGGAUUUAAAAAAGCCAAGUGACGGUGUCAUUGCUGAAAGCGAACCAGCUCCAAAAAAGCCCAAAAUCGAAGAAGGGAUGGCCGAUGCUGGUCAAGAUCAAAGCCAUGAUAGUAAAGAAACCGAUGAGAAUGGUGAACUCCAAGAUGAGCAAGACGCAAAAGUAAAGAAGCAAUCGAUGAGUCUUGAGGAACGCAUGGCUGAGUUUCGCAUUCUCUUGCUGGAAAAACAAGUUUCAGCCUUCUCCACUUGGGACAAAGAACUGCAUAAGAUCGUAUUUGACUCUCGUUACCUUCUACUGUCGAUGAAAGAGCGAAAACAAAGUUUUGAGAAGUUUGUUCGAUCAAGAGCUGAUGAAGAGAGAAAAGAGCGGAAGGUCAAGCAAAAGGAAAAGAAAGACGAGUUCAGAAAGUUGAUGGAAGAAAUUGUCUCAAGCGAAAGGACAACAUUCAGUGAGUUUACGUCAAAAGCCGCGAAGGAUCCUCGCUUCAAGUUAAUUGACAAGGCGAGAGAAAAAGAAGGGAUGUUCAAUGAAUUUAUGAUAGAGUAUCGGAAAAGUCAAAAGGAAAGAACGAUGGUCGAAAAUAAGAAAGUUAAGAAUGAAUUCUUUGAGUUGCUUGGCGAGCUAAAAGGCCUAGAUAAAAAAUCUGAUUGGAGAAAGGUUAAGGCAUCCAUAAGAGGCGACCCUCGUUAUGAAGCAGUUGGCAGCAAGCACCUUAGGGAAGAUUUAUUCACAGAAUAUGUUUCUCGAAAAAUAACUGAAUCGAAGGAAAACGACCAUAUCAAAGAGCAGCUAAGAGAAAUACGAAAUGAUGAUGAACGAAACGAAAAGCAACAUCGAGUGGAAGCGAGUAUCAAGCAGAGAGAGGAAGAAGUUCGUGCCAAAAAAGAAGAGAUUGAGAAGGACAGGCGUAAAGAAAGAGGGGUACAUAUGCAUGAGAAGGCGGUAGAAAAUUUCUUGGCUUUACUUACUGACAUGGUACGGGAUCCAGAAAUUUCGUGGAAGGAAACCCGGCGAUUUCUUAGAAAAGAUCCAAGAUGGGAUGCGCUUGAAGUACUUCCGAAGCCGGAGAAGGAGAAAUAUUUCAAGGAGCACAUCGACGAGCUGAACAAGAAGAGAAAGAAGCAGUUUUUGAAGAUGCUAGACGAAAACGAGUUACCUUUGGAUGCACAAUGGAAGGACGUGAAGAAAGCGAUGAGGCAGGACUCAAGAUACGAAAUUUUCCCAACUAGUGAGGCACGAGAACAGGUUUUCAACGAUUACAUGAGAGAAAAAUACAAAACUGCAAAGGAGCACUUCAGAAAUCUUCUAAUGGAAACGAAGCUCAUCACUCACAAGACGAAGAAAAAGAUUGAAGAAAACGCAAAUCAUAUGAAAAGCAUUAUCGAAGUUCUAAAGAAAGAUCAGAGGUAUUUGAUACUAGAUCCUGUCCCAGAGGACAGGGAACGAAUUAUGCGACAUCACAUAGAAGAUUUGCACCACAAAGGUACACCCCCACCGCCCACUGCCACAGACCCAUCCGAAAGGUACAAAAAAGAAUGGUCACUUACAUCGAGAGGAAAGUUUCCGGACAGUGGUUUUGACAGUAAGGAUGACUGGUAUGCUAAAAGAAAACUAUAGUGAUGUCACUGAGAUGUUCAGAGAAGCUGCUUUUAGCAGGCAGAUAGCCUUUCAGGAUAGAGGCUUUGUAGCUUUGGAACCUUUAACAGGCAUGAUGUUUUUGCUAUGCUAGAUUCUUUUAAACAUGUAAGAUAGUACAGUAGCCUCAUACAAUGUCAGUUUGUCUUUCAUUAAACACAGUAAUAAGCACAGGUUUCGGCGAGUAUUUUAGCCUUGCUAGGCUUGCAGAUACAUUAGUGCUCGACCCACCUGUAUCAAAUUAGGUAACUUUCAAUUUUAAUUAGUUCCAAGUUCUUACUUAUUCAGUACUUGCCCAGAUAUGCAAGGGUAAGACCGACAUUGGAAAUCCCAUUCUAACGAAUCAGCUCUCUAAUUACCUACUCGUUGUAAUGGAUUAGAAAUUGUAGGUUUCGGCUUUAUUCGCUUUGUAGUUUUGGCUGAUAAAGAAACAUUUUCCAUAAUGGUUUUGGCUUGGAUUUCUAUGUACAUGCGUCGUAUCUUUGAAUACAAACUACAGGAAAUAUUGACAUGUUAUUUUAAACAAACAGGGACCGGCAGGUAUUUCGCUAUUUUAUGUCAAUAACAACGUUUUGUUGAUUGUGCAAGGCAAGUUCUAUCUUGAUCAAAAUUACCUUGGACAAAAUUUUUGGGGCAAACUUUUUAAAAACAGGAGAAAAUAGGUGUAACAGAAAUAGCCUUACCCCCUCCUUAUCUCUGCAAAUCAAUGUUGGAGUUAUAGCUACAGCAUCUAAGAGCAAUUCAAUCGCUCCAACAUGGAAAUGGAGGGCUAGUAGAGAGUUUUAGUUUUUUGAAAUGGAAUUAUUUUUCGAAAAUCUCAACCAUCUUUGUCCUUUAUCUUCAGAAUUUGAUAAUCAAAUCAUUAGAAAAAUCAUGCACGUGUAAAAUAACAACUGGCUUAGUCCGUAAAUGUCUUUAAAUUAGAAGAAUUUGUCUGGGUAGAGGAUUUUGUGAAUGCUGUAUGGCAUUAUAACGGAUUUCGGUAAAACCUUUUCAGCGAUUUGACCAUCACGCACAGGAUAACCAUGAAAUUAAUCACAUUUAAUCAAUCUCUUAAUUAUUAGCGGCCUUUUAUCGAUUAUUUCGUCCGUUUAAUAAUGGAUGUGGUUAGAAUUCGGCUCGCUUGAAAUAAUAGAACAUGUAUGUCAAAUGCAUGUAUGAUUUAUGAUGAAAACCGCUAAAAGGAAUGAA